CGGUGCGUCCGGCGGUGAGCAGCAUGAUUCUCCACGGGAAAGUGGCUCUGGUCACCGGCGGCGCGCAAGGCAUCGGAAGAGCCGUGGUGGAAGAUCUCCUGGGGAAUGGGGCGAAGGUUGCAUUGGUAGACCUGAACCAGUCUGUGGGAGAGGAAUGUAAAAGUGAUCUAGAUGGCCAGUUUGGAGAGGAUAACUGUAUUUUUAUCCAGUGUGACGUGACGGACUCGGGGAAAUUUAAAGAUGCCUUUCAAAACACAGUAGAUAGGUUUGGUCGAUUGGAUAUUGUCAUCAAUAAUGCUGGAAUCAACAACGAGAAGAACUGGGAAAAGACCAUUGAAGUAAAUUUGACAUCCGUCAUAAAGGGGACAUAUUUAGCACUAGAACACAUGAGUAAAGAGUAUGGAAAGGAAGGAGGGGUUAUCAUCAACGUCUCAUCUAUGGCAGCAUUUCUCCAUUCUCCUCACCAGCCAGUGUACACAGCAACAAAGCAUGGGGUGAUUGGAUUUUCACGAGCCAUAGCAGACGCAUCUGAACAGGGCAAUUAUGGAGUGAGGAUCAACACACUGUGCCCAGCCUUUGUGGACACCCAACUACUUCACACCGUGGAGCAUGAGGAAACAAUGGGCAAGUUUGUCAAGUACAAAGAUGAAUUCAAACAAAGGAUCGACAAGUAUGGCGUUCUUAAACCAUCUCUUAUUGCUGAAGGAAUGCUGCGAAUCAUAACAGACGAAAGCCUAAAUGGAGCCGUGAUGAAAAUAACCUGUUCUAAAGGCAUUCACUUCCACACCUAUGAGCCUCUUUCAGCUUGAGAGUGAUGAACAAUCAAGCCAGUCCUGUUUAUUCCUCACCAAAAAUGUAUUUUAUUGAAGUUCAGGGCAAACACCUGGAAAUAAAAAGGGAGGGUAUAGAUUUUGUUUGAGGAGAGUUUCCUGUUUAGCAUUUAUCAGUUUUGAAAAUCAAAAAGGAUUUCAUACUGGUGUGCAGGCCUCUUUCUAAACAUGUUUGUUUUUUGUAAUGCCCUUGAACAUUAUUUUGUACAUAACUGCUUUAACUGUGAGUAAUUGCUUUUGAGAGAAAAAAAGUAAUAUUUAUUAUUAAUUCAUUACUGUUUUGUGGCUAUCAUACCUCAAAGUGCUCAACCAACCUUUUUGGUUUUGUUUGUUUUACAUAUAGAUAUUUGUGAGAGAAUAUCCAAGGUUUUUCAUGUAUAAAUCAAACAAUAAACUUCUG